CCCCGAAAACUGAACCUGGCGCCAAAUGAAAGCUCUCAGUCUCUGCAACUCCAGAAUUCAAAGUUUCUUUUCUCCAUUUCUUUCCUCAAAUAAAGAUAUUUAUAUUUAAGGUCAGUAAAAUCGAGGGAAAAAAAUCAAUGGAGAAUUCGAAAAUUUUCAGCGUCCGAAUUGUGUCGAUCGAUUACUACAUGGCACCGCCGAUACCUAACUUCGAUAUUUGUUACAGUAGCUUUCAAGGUGGGAAGGUCAACGAGGUUCCUGUUAUAAGGGCUUAUGGCUCAACACCUGCUGGUCAGAAGACUUGCUUGCAUGUUCAUAGGGCUUUUCCAUAUUUGUAUGUCCCCUGUUCAGAUAUACCACUUCAUCCAGAUCAAGAAGGAGAUUCCUACACAAAUGCAAUUUCUCUUGCCCUUGAGAAAGCCUUAAAGCUUAAAGGUAAUGCUGGUUCAAAAAGACAACAUGUGCAUGGCUGCAGUCUUGUGCGAGCAAGGAAAUUUUACGGAUACCACUCAUCAGAAGAGUUGUUUGUCAAGAUAUACCUCUAUAAUCCUCAUGAUGUCUCUCGUGCUGCCAAACUUCUUCUGGAAGGGGCAGUUCUUGAUAAAAGCUUGCAGCCUUAUGAAUCUCAUAUUCCUUUCAUUCUCCAAUUUCUGAUUGACUACAACUUGUAUGGAAUGGGUCAUGUGCAUUUAUCAAAAAUGAAGUUCCGUCAUCCAGUACCUGAUGUUUGUACACUCAGAAAAUUUAUCAGGAAUUGGCAACAUGGACUGGAGAUGGAAAAUUUCACUUGCAUGUCUACUGAUUUUCAGGCAGGUUUGAGUGGUGAUGAGUCUUUGGAUUCUCCAGUUUGGAUAUCUUCUACCAUUCCAGGUGAUUGGAUGUGGCAGUUUUCUAGUGAAUUUGAGGUGUCAUCGGAGCAAGGCAUUUACCACAUUAAACGCCAAAGCAUUUGUGAACUUGAGGGAGAUACUACUAUAGAUGAGAUUCUCAAUCAGCAAUUUAAAACAUAUACAUCCCUCUCACAAACUUGUUCAGAUAUGAAAAUGGUGCAAUCACUUAUACCCAUUUGGGAGGAAGAGUAUGAAAGGAGUGGGUUGCAUGAGAUAGCUAAACCACCUGAUCCGGGAAAACCACUUGCUGAGGAUGUUUUGAAAACACUGUUACAUGAUCUUGAGUUUGAGAGAAAACUUAAAGAGUUUUAUGGUAAAUCUGAAGGCCUACCUUCAUUUGGGAACAUUGUAAAAUUUCAGCAGUCAUCAAUGUCUACUGAUGAAGAAAAUUUGGCUGAACAUGAAAAAAUAAGUUCUGAUAAUACCAAUGAACAAUCUUUAAAGUGUUCCACAGAAAGAGACACUAUUGGGUCUUCAUCACUAUUGGGUUCUCCAUUUGAAGAUCAGUUGGACACGACUCCUGUGGAAAGGAAAGAUGCAUGCCCAGAAUUAUUGUCUGUCAGUGACCUACAAUCUUCUGAAACAAUUGGAACAUUGGAUGCAAAGACUGCAGAUGCUGAAGCUUUGAGCCUUCUAAAGUGGCUUGUCACUUCUCAGGCUGCUGAAGAUAUAAACUCUGAUGAUGAACUUAUUCAUGAGACAAUUCUAAGUCCACUUUUGCCUGCAACAACAAUUGAUCAGGUGCUGGAGAAAGCAAAUAUGGAUUAUGAGAGUGAGUCGCAAAAAGAGUGUCAGGACAUUCUUGAUUCAAUUGAGGAUUUAGAUGACAUGGAGGGUUUCAAGGAGAGAACUUUUCAUUCUAUCGGUUGCAGGAAUCAUAAUCAAACUUUGUCAGAGAUUCCUGAUGCAGAUGGUUUGGUCUCAUCUUCUUCCAGAUCUUCUGGAAAUUUAUCAAAGAUAGGGAUGAAAGAGGAUUCCAAAAGUUAUUUUCAAGACCAGGUAUUGCAGACAACUGGCACACAUUUCACUAGUAAGCGCAAAAGGAAGAAGUCAUUAUGGGGCUCUUUACCUUUCUCCAUGACCCAAAAGAGGAAUGAUGACUUAGAAGCUGUUGGGUCCAAUACAGCUGAUGCCUGUAUUGGUCAAGAUAAAAAUUGUGACACUAUGUCCAUCAUCAGAAAUGAGGGGGAAAAACAUUCUGAUGUUCUAUUGAAAACUUUGGAUGCAGAUGUUUGUGAAGUAGGUGACUUAGUUGGAUGCUCAGUUCGAGACUUAAUGAGAAGAAAGAGAUGCCACCGAAUUGCUCAGCAGGAUUGUGAUAAUUUUGGGGUUAAAAAAGUUCAUUCAGGAGGAGAGUAUGAACAAGAAAAUGUAAUCUUGCCAAAUAAAUUGGGCAUACUUGCAUUACAUGAUGAUGAGCAUGACAAAAAACCUCUUGGGUUUGCCAGUUUUGGACCUUCAGUUACUGAUAAACAAACAGUAUUAUCAGAGGUUCAUGAUUUUAAAUCUUUUCAUCCAAGUUGUCACUCAUACAUAGCUGUACCCUUUGUAUCCAGGGAUAGUGCGUUGCAGGUUAGUACUCAUCGCUCUCCAGUGGAUACAAGAAAGAAAGAAUUACAAUGUCUCUAUAUGUCUGACAAGCAAAAUUCUGCAACUGCCAUGGGCCAUUGUGAAACUAAUAAUGAUAAAGAGUUAGACAAGGAAGGUGUGAUCUUUACAGAAGCCCUAACUUCUAAUCUUUACAAUUCCAAGCCUGAUUUAUCGUCAGGCAGUUUGUUGUCUAAGGAUGUAAAUUUGGUUGAUAAGAGGUUGGAGCAAAAUGAAGCAGCUGGCUUAUACAGUUUGACAGCUUCUCUUAUUGAGCAUGAGACUUUUUCAAGAGAUGAUUGUGAGUAUAAACGUUGCCACAAAGGCAGCAAGACAAUGGGACAGCUAUAUGAAAUUCCUAGUGCAAAUCCUGUGGGCAUGUAUGCGUCAGCAGACACCACUGUUCCACUGAAUAAGAAUUGUUGUUCCACUAAACACGGAGGGGGUUCUGGUUUCUCUGUACAUGACAGCUCCAUAUUUGACGGAAGACCUGGAAGCUUAAUUGGCAUGACCCUCAACAAGAAACCCCCCAUUGUGGACUGGGAAGAUGGAACAUCUGAAAAUACUUCAGCUCUAUCUUAUCACGCUUCUCUACUCAAUGAGGACAACAAACAUGGAAAUUCAGGGAAUGCAUUGGAGGAAUUUCUCCCAUUUUUUGAAGGGGAUUUUCAAGAGGAGAAAGUAGUUCAGAAUGAGCCCCUUCCUGAUGUUGACUCAAAUGUACGGCAAGAAUCUGUCUUGGGUGUCCCAACUCACUAUCAAAAUGAUGGCUCACUCUUGUAUCUUUUGACUCCUGUUUAUUUGCCACCUUCUGUAGAUUGUGUGUGUAGAUGGUUAGCGUGUGAUCAUGAAGGUACUUCAGGAGAGAUCAAUGCAUGGUCAACAAAGUCUUUGGCUAUUAAAGGUUCAAAAGGCUCUUCACCUGUUUAUGGUAAUAAUGUCCCCAUUGAAUUGGAUUCUGUAUCUCAUUUGAUGCCUGUACAAGAUCGAGUGCAACAAGAAAUGCAUCAAAAUGUUAAUUCAGAAUUUCACCCUAAUCAUGAUGAGAUUCAAAGACCACUGCACAAUGAAGGAAACAAUGCAAAACAGAAUGCUGGCAUGGGUUGCGCACUAGAUUUAUCUCAAAUUUCAGGCCCAAAUGGGAGAUCAAAGCCUACUCCCCUCAGUCAAAUUGGAUUUCGUGAUCCUGCUAGCAUUGGUGCUGGGCAGCAACUAACCUUAUUAAGUAUAGAGGUUCAAGCAGAAACUAGAGGAGAUCUCAGACCAGAUCCUCGGUUUGAUGCUGUCAAUGUUGUUGCUCUUGCCUUUCAGAAUGACAAUGAUUCUGCUGUUGAAGUUUUUGUUCUUUUGCAUAGUAAUGGGGAAUCUUACAAGAGGAGUUCUGAUGGAAUAUCUGUAAAUAAGGCGGUUUAUUUCUCUGAGGAGAAGCACUUGUUUGGCCAUUUUACAAGGAUUGUAGGUUUAUUUGAUCCAGAUAUUUUAAUGGGCUGGGAUAUUCAAGGUGGUUCUCUUGGGUUUUUGGCUGAGAGGGCUGCACAUCUUGGUAUUGGCUUACUUAAUAACAUUUCUCGCACACCAUUAGAAGCCAACAUAGGAAACAGAGAAACAGAAAGUGCUGAUAAUGGAGUACUGGAUACUGUGCUGCAUGAAUCUUUACUUGCAGAUUCUGGUUUGGUAGACCAAGCAGUAAUUGAGGAUGAAUGGGGUCGAACUCAUGCCAGUGGUGUCCAUGUUGGUGGUAGAGUUGUCCUUAACAUAUGGAGACUGAUGCGUGGUGAAGUUAAGCUGAACAUGUAUACAGUUGAAGCUGUUGGUGAAGCUGUUUUGAGGCGAAAAAUCCCAUUAAUUCCAUACAGAGCAUUGACAAAAUGGUUUUCGAGUGGUCCUGGACGAGCGAGGUAUAGAUGUAUCGAGUAUGUGAUACAGAGAGCGAAGUUGAACCUUGAAAUAAUGAAUCAACUUGAUAUGGUAAAUCGGACUUCAGAGCUUGCUCGUGUAUUUGGCAUUGACUUUUUUUCUGUUCUCUCACGAGGUUCUCAAUAUCGUGUUGAAUCUAUGUUUCUGAGACUAGCGCAUACACAGAACUAUCUUGCCAUUUCUCCUGGGAAUCAACAGGUUGCUUCUCAACCUGCAAUGGAGUGCUUACCUCUAGUGAUGGAGCCAGAAUCUGGCUUUUAUGGUGAUCCAGUUAUCGUCCUGGAUUUCCAGUCUCUUUAUCCAUCAAUGAUAAUUGCAUACAACCUUUGCUUUUGUACUUGUCUUGGAAAUGUUACACGUUCGAAGGAAAUAACACUAGGGGUUAGUUCAUUUUCACCAGAUCCACAUGUUCUGAGGGAUUUGAAAGAUAAAAUACUGCUUACUCCAAAUGGUGUUAUGUAUGUUCCUCCAAAGGUUCGUAAAGGCAUACUGCCCCGGUUAUUAGAAGAAAUAUUAUCAACUAGAAUAAUGGUGAAACAAGCAAUGAAGAAGUUGGCUCCCACACAGCAAGUUCUUCACAGGAUAUUUAAUGCAAGACAACUGGCUUUGAAGUUGAUAGCAAAUGUAACCUAUGGUUAUACAGCUGCUGGAUUUAGUGGUCGGAUGCCUUGUGCAGAGCUUGCCGACAGUAUUGUUCAAUGUGGCCGGAGCACACUGGAAAAGGCUAUUUCUUUGGUGAAUGCAAACGAUAAGUGGAAUGCUAAAGUUAUAUAUGGUGACACUGACAGCAUGUUUGUCCUCCUCAAGGGACGCACUGUCAAAGAAUCUUUUCAAAUUGGGCAUGAGAUUGCUUCUGCUGUAACUGCCAUGAAUCCAGAUCCUGUCACAUUGAAAAUGGAGAAAGUCUAUCAUCCAUGUUUCCUUCUUUCUAAGAAACGUUAUGUUGGUUACAGCUAUGAGAGUGUUGACCAAAUUGAGCCUGUCUUUGAUGCCAAAGGUAUUGAGACUGUUCGCAGAGAUACAUGUGGUGCUGUUGCCAAAAUGAUGGAGCAGUCAUUGAGACUCUUUUUUGAACAUCAGGACAUAUCUGAGAUCAAAGGAUAUUUGCAGCGUCAAUGGACACGGAUUCUAUCUGGCAGAGUAUCUCUUCAAGAUUUUGUUUUUGCAAAAGAGGUUCGCUUGGGCACUUACAGUACAAGGGCAUCUUCAUCACUCCCUCCAGCAGCAAUCGUGGCUACUAAAGCGAUGAGAGCAGAUCCCUGUGCAGAACCACGCUAUGCAGAGCGAGUGCCCUAUGUUGUGAUCCAUGGGGAACCAGGUGCCCGCCUGGUUGAUAUGGUUGUGGACCCACUGGACCUUUUGGCUAUUGAUUCUCCUUACAGAUUAAAUGAUAUAUAUUACAUAAACAAACAGAUAAUCCCAGCAUUGCAGCGGGUAUUUGGACUUCUUGGUGCUGACUUAAACCAGUGGUUUUCAGAGAUGCCCCGCCCAGGAAGGGAUGCUUUUGCUAAGCGCCCGCCAUAUGCUACAAAUCCUCAACGGACCAGAAUUGAUUUUUACUAUCUUUCUAAGCAUUGUGUGCUAUGCGGAGAGUUGGUCCACACAUUAACACAUAUAUGCAACAAAUGUUCACAGAAGGAAACUGCUGCUGCAAUGGCUGUAAUUGGAAGGACUUCAAAAUUGGAGAGGGAGAUGCAACACCUUGCUGCUAUAUGUCGACAUUGUGGUGGUGGAGACUGGCUUCUGGAUAGUGGUGUCAAGUGCACUUCCCUUGCUUGCUCAGUGUUCUACGAGAGGCGUAAAGUUCAGAAAGAACUACAGGGUCUGUCUGCUGUUGCAUCAGAUAAAGGUUUCUACACAAAAUGUAUGGUUGAAUGCCACUCUCUCCCUCACUCUCUCUCAAAAAUGGCGCAGACCUCAAUCUCUAUACUUCUCAUGAGACGCAUCACCAAAGUCUCCCAAAACCCUAAAGCAGCAUUCUCCCCUCGCCUUUCCCUUAAACCUUACUCCACGUCCUCCUUACCAGACCCGCCAAAACCCUCUUCUCUCUCUGCCCGCAUGAGCUUUGUAUUCGAUCAAAUAGAUGCCAUAGAACGUGAACGUGUUCAGAAAGAUGAUACCCUCCAAAGAAUUCGUGCUUGGCGCCAAUCCAAAAAUACCGUCCAACACCAGCAACAAAACCCAGGAACCAUUAGCUCCCAGAAUCCAGAAAUAAUAAGCUCGCAAAAUGAAGGUUUAGAGUCUGGAUUUAGAGAUAAUGGUGAUUCUAGUUUAAAUUUGACUGAGACUAACUCUGUCCAGCUGAAGAACAAAACGGAGAUGGAGGUGGUGCACCCUUGGCCAGAGUGGAUAGAAUUGAUGGAAAGAUUGGUGCAGCAGAAUUACUUUGAUCAUAGAAGGAAAGAUGAGGAUAAAAUGGUUCAAGAUUUGGGGUUCGAUCCUCAUGGGGCUGGAAAUGAUGAUGACAUUGGAAUUGAUUUUAAGGAUUUCAGGAUUGUACAAACAGCUUGCGUCAAUUUUGGCAAAGACCGGUUUGAUAUCUUGAGGUCAUUGUCAAGACAGGAUAUUCAAAUUUUGGUUGGCCAUGGAUGCCCAAGCGCAGACAAGAAGGUUGUUUUCUCAGCAAAACUUUUGAGGAAGCAUGUGCACCUUGAUGAAGGUGAUGUUUGUUGUAACUGCAGUUUGAGAAACUCUUGUGAAAGGGCAUAUCUUCUAACCAAUAAAGAGGAUGAGGCACGUACUAUUGAUGUUAUGCGGGUUCUUUUAACUUAUGGUUUUGAUCCUAUAAAUGGAUCGGUAGUCAAUAAGUCUCUUCUGAAACAAAAAUCUCUCAAAACUGUAGUCCGUAAAUUACUUCAUGAGGUUGUAAAGCUAAGUGCAAUUCCAAUAGAUCCUAAUCUCCCCCCACCAGUUAUUAAAAAGCCCCCACCAAAAGUGAAGCAACCUCCUCCUCCUCCAAAGAGACGAGUUGGACGUGAUGACGUUGAGAUGAAAAAGGGGGAUUGGCUCUGCCCCAAGUGUGACUUCAUGAAUUUUGCCAAGAAUACAGUGUGCUUACAAUGUGAUGCCAAGCGGCCCAAGAGACAGUUGCUUCCAGGAGAAUGGGAAUGCCCAGAGUGCAACUUCUUAAACUAUAGGAGAAAUAUGGCAUGUUUCCAUUGUGAUUGCAAGCGUCCACCUGAUGAAUUUAUUGAAAAUAAAAUGGAACAGAUGCAAAAUGUUCAUGAAAAAAGACCGGAGAAGAUUCCCAGGCGCCCAGAAGUUUCUAAUGCCUGGAAUUUUGACUUUGAUGAUGAUGAAUCAGAUGGUGCAGAUGUUGCUGCUUUUGAGUAUGCAGAUUCUGCAGCUAUGAACGAAGACUCUCCUUUGGGUCCUCAAGCUCAGGGAGGAAAAUUUAGAGGGCUUGAUGAUGAUCUUAACAUAACCAGCAGAAUUCCUAGGGUUCAUGAAAGAGAAUAUUCUGAUCCCAGAAAUAACAGACUUGCAACAGGUUUUGAUGAUUUUGAUGAUGAAGAUGAUGUUGACAGUUAUGAGCUAGAAACUGAAAACCAUAGUCCUGCAUGGAAGGAAACUCGAAAUAAUUUUACUCGACAAGGGAUCUGUGAAUUGGAAGAUGGUGAAAGUUCUGAUGAUGAGUUGCACACUAAUCCAAGGGAAAGUCCCCAAUCUUACAUCAAGCCAUCUAAGCAUAAGCAUAAAAAGGCAUCUUUCUUGGACUCUGAGGAUGAUGAACUGAACUUUGAUUCAGAUGGUGAAAUUUUGGUUAACCGCAAAUGGAAAUCUAGUCAUGUCAUUGAUGCUAAACAUAAAAGCAGGGGCAGAAGUCCAACUGGUCUAUCCAGGGGAUUAAGUUUUGGGUCAGAUGAAGAAGUUGAGCUUGAUUCUGAUGCAGAUGAUUUUGAUGAAGAUUUUGGCUCCAACCAAAGGAAAGGAAAUAAACAGGAUUUUGGCAGAAGGAACUAUCAUAGACGUUCUGAUAAUGAUGAGAUGCUUUCUCAGGGAAGAAAGUAUGGGAAGAACAAAAUGGAAGCUGGUGGAAGACGUGACGACUUCAGAGGUCGAAGUGAUUACGACUUCGUAAGAGAUCCUAAGGGUAAAAUAGGUGACAGAAGGCACUCGAGGAAUAAAGAUUUUGAUAGAUCAUCUCAUAGUUCACAUGGUGAAAAUAGAGGAUUCCGAGGUAAUGAUCGAUCUGAGAAGAGAAUUAAUGGUGGCAACUUUCAGAAUUUCAAGGGACCAAGACAGGAAAGAUUUCGAAACCAGCAACGAGGUCAAUCCAGUGAUUAUAAGAUGAACAUGGACAGGGAUUUUGGUGAGUUCAGAAACAGCCGGCGAGUAAUUGAAAGGUAAACUUGAACCAUGGAUGAUUGGCAUGUCAGGAAUUGUUGUUUUCGCUGCUGGUUAUGCAGAUGACUAGCAUUCUGCAAUUCUGCUCCCAGUUAUCAUGUCAAAUGGUCAUAGAUGUUACUUGGGAAGUCCUUGGCCCAAGUUAAAAAUGCUAAAUGCAGUCAUUGCCCAAUCUGCAGAUACUCUUAUCAGAUUCAACAACUUUAUGGGGGAGUAGCAGACUGCAACUAGCUGCCCUACCCAGAUUGAUAACAUGCCGCUUAAUGAGCACCUGCGUGUCAUUUACUGCAAGAUAGUCCAAUUGAAUUGGAUUUUUAGUUGGCCUGCUACGAAAUUUUCAUCAAGGUGCUCUAUGCUGCCUCCAUAUAUGGGCGCCUCUUGAUGAAAAUGUACGCUUAUGUUCAUAUUUUGUUCUGCUGAAACGUGAUAUGGUUGGUAGAUUAGAUUCAGGAGUUUGUCUGGUUGUUUGAUUAGAGUUCAAUGUGAGUGGCUAUUCACGCUCCUUAAUUAAAAUAUUUUCUCUAAA